AUGGCCGGACCGCUGCGGGCCGCGCUGGCGCUGGGGCUGCUGGCGGCGGCACAGCCCGCACCGGCACAGCCCGCACCGGCACAGCCCGGACCGGCACAGCCCGGACCGGCACAGCCCGCACCGGCCCCGGGGCAGCGGCGGCAGGCGGAGCUGUUCCUGGAGAAAUACGGCUACUUCGGCGAGCCGGGGGCCGGCACACACAGCCCCGCCGAGUUCACCGAGGCGCUGAGCUCUGUGCUUUGGACAAAGCCCAUUCCUGCCUCUUCUCCACAACUCACCACCUUUUGGUCCGUCCCAGGGAAGCCCUCCAAAGGCUCGGCCAUCCAGCUCCCAGGAAAGGUCUUCACCCAUUUCCAGGACUGGAACACGGAUCUUUAUGGCAGGGACCAGCAGCAGAGGAGCCUCAGCACCUACUACUGCCACUCCUACUUUGAUGCCAUAACCUCUGACGCGGAUCACAACCUUUACAUCUUCAAGGGCAGCCACUACUGGGUGGUGUCAGCGAGUGGCAACGCCAGUGACCCACAGCCCCUGGAGAGACACUGGCCUGGCCUCCCUGCUGGCAUCGACGCCUGUGCCUGGUCCCAGCUCAGCAGCAAGUUCUACUUCUUCAAAGGUGGCCGGUGCUGGCGCUACGCGGGCUCCACCCUGGAGACAGGUUUUCCCCAAAAGUGCAGCGCCCGCGGCCUCCCUCGGCACCCGGACACCGCGCUCUUCUUCCAGCAGCUCCGGCGCCUGGUGCUGUUCAAGGGCCCCAAGUACUUCGUGGUGAGCGAGGAGACCCUCGCUGUGGAGCCCUACUACCCCCGCAGCCUGCGGGACUGGCAGGGGCUGCCCCCCGGCACGGCGGGGGCCCUCACCCACCGCGACGGCUUCGUCUACUUCUUCCGGGACGACCAGUUCUGGAAGUUUGACCGGGCAAAGCUGCAAGUGGUGGCCACUGGCAAAUGGGCCACCCAGCUCCCCUGGAUGGGCUGCUGGGACGCAAACAGCGGGCAGGUCCUCUUCUGAGCAGAACCUGCUGGGAUGGAACGGGGGUCUGAACCCCACCUCGCUCACCGCUGCCUGGAUCCCUCUUUCUUUGACUCUGGGUUCCUGUCUGAGGAUGGUUUGGCAGGGAGACCGGCUGCCUGUGGAUGGCUGGAGCCAUGGGAUGGUGGAGCAGUGUCCCAGCACAGCACGGAUGCAGUGGGACAGGUCUGCCACAGCCAGGUGGGCUUGGAGGCUUUGGGAGACAGUAUUUUUUUUAAAAGACCACAAAAAAUACAUAAGCCGUGGAGACUGCAAUCACACCCAUUUCUGUUAACAUUCAGGAUAUCGUUACACGUUUUUUUCCAAAGCAGGACUGGGGUUUGUUGCUACUUUUUGAUAUCUUUGUUGAUAUUUGUUGAUAUCUGUUGUUUUCCCACGACCAGAGAGAGAAUUGCCUCGCCACUGCUUGGCUUAGGGUUUGGAUGCUUUUAAAUAUGAGACUGAGAAUGUUUCCUGCUUAAAACAAAAGGAAAAGAGACAUUUGGACAAAACUCUGGAUCGGUGUUAAGCUUUGCCCUUGCUGUGUGCUCAGAGCCCCAGGGCUGGGGGGUCAGGGAUGCUUUCCUAGGCUGUGCUCACAUCCCAGAGCUCUGGUGAGGCACCAGCUGGAGACACCAACAUGGUGGGAUUUGGGGGGAGAAACCAGAGGGGUUUGGUGCAGGAACCUCUUUGGGGUGGAGAGAGAGGGGAGGCACAGCUGAGAUACGACCAUGUGGCUGUGCAGCUCCCAGGCAGCUCUGCUUUGUCUCUGCAAGAGGCAGGAUUGGUGUGUUUUUGAGUCCCUGUGCUACAGUUGGAUGAACACGGGGUUGACAAAUUACUGGGGGAGGAGGGGAAGAGGAGAGGGUGAGCAGGACAGACAUGUCUGUGCAUGCAGGCUCACAAGGACAGCACGGCUGCAUAUUCCUCAUUCCUUUCCCGAAGCAGGCUCCCCACCUGGAAACGCCGCUGGCUCCUGUGCAGUCACCUGUCAUGUCCACAAAGGGCCAUCGUGUCCCAUGGCAGGUGGGCAAACUCAGCUUCCCAGGGCUGGAAUUCCGCGGCAGCAAAUGCCAUCGGUGCUGAGCAAGACGGGGCUCAACUUUAUUAAAAUGUCCUUUGAUUUGAGAGAUUCGGGGAUUUUCACCGUGCCGGGGUCGUACACAGGGGGGCUGCUGUGUCACUGAUGGUUCUCCCAGGACUCAGACCCCAGCACUGCUUUGGCCUGGUCCUGCUGUGCCAGUGCCGUGUCAGGGUGCUGUGUCAGGGUGCUGUGCUGUGGUGCCAUGGUGCCAGGGUGCUUUCCCCAUGCCAGCAGCUCUGAGGACUCUUUUCUUCAGCACAACAUCCUCCAUUUGCCCUCGCUCACCCUAAACCUUCCCUAGAGAGGGCAGGAGCCAGGCUUGCCCCAGGCAGGGUGCCAAGGCUGGUACUUCCCAAGGGUUUUCGGUGCAGCCAGCUGCCAGCUGGGAUGUGGGUUUGGCAGGAUGGAGAGCCACCACUCCUCCUGUUCUUCUUAAAACUUGUGAGUGAGCCCUUCGUGCACAGACACGAACAUGGUCACUUCAUCUGCUUAAAAUCUCAGGGGACUUUCAGCGUUGCCAAAGAAACGGGGCCGCAGCAUUUUCAUUUGGAAUUGAAUGAUAAUAAGGCUUGCAGGGAGUCCCAAGGGCUUGGAAACCUCUUGGCAAAUAAAAAGAACCUCUGGAUACGUG